UCCCGCCCCCAAGAUGGCGGCGGGGGAGGCCGCGGUCGGGGGGCGGCUGCGGGGCGACAUGGCGGCGGGCGGGAGCAGCGGCAGCCGGGCGGAUAACGGGUACGGUAGCCAGCCGCCGCGGCGCAGGAGGGGCCCGGGCGCCCUGGCCACGGCCUACCUCGUUAUCUACAACGUGGUGAUGACGGCGGGAUGGCUUGUUAUUGCAGUUGGUCUAGUUCGAGCGUACCUGGCAAAAGGUAGCUACCAUAGCCUUUACUACUCAAUAGAAAAGCCCCUGAAAUUCUUCCAGACUGGAGCUUUGCUUGAGAUUCUGCACUGUGCAUUUGGCAUUGUUCCUUCUUCUGUUGUUCUGACUGCUUUCCAAGUGAUGUCAAGGGUUUUCCUGACGUGGGCAGUAACACAUAGUGUAAAAGAGGUACAAUCUGAAGAUAGUGUCCUGUUGUUUGUGGUGGCCUGGACAAUCACUGAGAUAAUCCGUUAUUCUUUUUAUACAUUUAGCUUGUUAAACCAUCUCCCUUAUCUCAUAAAAUGGGCCAGGUACACUUUGUUUAUAGUACUGUAUCCAAUGGGAGUCACAGGCGAAUUGCUCACAAUAUAUGCUGCGUUACCCUUCGUCAGGCAGUCUGGCUUGUAUUCCAUUAGUUUACCUAACAAGUACAAUUUUUCUUUUGACUACUAUACAUUCCUGAUCCUGGUUAUGAUCUCUUACAUUCCAAUCUUUCCUCAGCUGUAUUUUCACAUGCUGCAUCAGAGGCGAAAGGUACUCUCGCACACUGAAGAACACAAGAAGUCGGAGUAAUUUCAGCUCUCUUUCAGAACUUUUCAAACAUCAAAAUGCUGCAGAUUUUCAAUACCCAGCACAUUUAUAAAGAACAUACCAAGACAAAAUAAGUCAGAGGUAAAAGACCAAUAAUCUAGCAAGAAUAACCAAUAAAUCUGAUUUCACUGGAAUUCCACAAUGUAAUCAUUGAAAUAAUUUUCCAGCUUGCAGUGCUUCAGAAAACUUUUAAACUUUAUAUGGCUUGGCAGUUAGCCUUUUCCUUAAAUGAUGUGCUAAAUCCUUUUCAUUUAUUACUAAAUGCCUGAAGGUUGCAGUAUGAGCGAUGAAGUUGUACCCACUGAAUGCUUGAAUUGAGAUUAUGUUACUGAUACCUCUUCUUCUAAGUGCUUGACUGCAUGCCAGAAACUAUGUAUUGCUGUGAAAGCAAACAAUAUGCUCUGGAAUACUUCAAGAUUUUGUCAGAGUCUCCAGUGGACAAUGUACACCGGGCAAAACAUUAGAAUUUAGUAAGGUAGGUUGUGUUUUAAAAGGUGAUGGGAACAAGAACAGGAAACCAAUGAUGGGAAAUAAGGGGAAUGUGGUUCUUCAGAAAUUUAAAUAGUGGGGGUUCUGACCAGAGUGUGUUCUCGGAAGAUCUUUGUUUAAGCUGAUUACUCAAACGCUACUGUUAAUUCAGAGGCUAUAGUGCUUAAAUGAAAGUUUAAAACUCCAAAUACUGCAUCCCUGGUUACUUUUUUAAGUAAUUACUCACUGUAAUAUUUCUAGUGAUACCAGUAAUGAAUCUAAAGAAUAUAAGGAGGCAAGUCACCCAGAAAUAGGUGCAGUUCUCCCUUUUUUUACUUUAAAUUAUCAUCUCUAAUCACUGUCCACUAUCUCAGUGGCACUCAUCCUUCAGCAUUCAGGACUGUUUAGUCUACUGUGGAAGCAUUUGAGGGCAUUGUUCCUCAGCCUAACUUUUCUGAAGUGACUAAUGUGUAUCACUCUGGCAUAUCCAAGCAGGCAGUUCCAGGCACUCAGCUUCUAAAAUGUUCUAAAGUCAUAAGCUCCUUCUUGGAAGGCAGAUUAUCUCGUGGGUUACAUGCUGCUUUUGCAGAUUGGACAAGCCUUCCCUCAUCUGCUCUUCUCAAAGAGCAGGAGACCAUAGAAAUUUUCCUAGGUGCUUUCUCUGGGUCCUCAGGCUGAGCCUUCCCUUGGGUAAAAUAAAAGAGAGAAUGAGAGAACUGAGAAAAGCCUGUGGCGAGGCAGCAUGUACUAAUGCAGUGUGAGCAGUGCCCCAAGUUAUAAACUGUUGGCUGGGGGAGAGCAGAACGGAAGGGACAAAGGGAGCAGGGAUAUGAACAGAUAUCCAGGCAAAGGCAAAAGGAAAUGUAGACUAUGAUCUUUGCUCUGUUAGGAUACAAUAGUCAAAUUGUUAUGUCUUCACCCAGUCAGAGCCACCAGACAACACCACAAGGGCUUCUCUGGCUUCCGUCUUGUAACAUUAUGAUUUAGUGCAUAAAUGUGGUGUGACCACUACCAUGGUACCUGCAGUACUGGUCUCGCGCUGUACCUGCCAGCGUCUCCCCCUGGAAGUGGCCUGUAUCUGUGUCCCACUUACUUGUGCUUGACACAUCGCAGCUCUCUCCUAAACAUAGUCAGUAAGUAGUAAGGGCAUGGGCUUUCUGUUCCAGCACUUGUGGAGAGCUGGAUUUACGGUUAUUUUGGCUUAUGUUUUUCAGAGCUAUAUUUAAAAAAAAAUAAAUUGCAUUUUUCAGUAAUUUCCUUUGGCUCCAUCAAAAAGUCUGAAUUUUCCUAGCUCUCAGUAACACGUAUGACACCUUUCUGUUCAACGCAAACAGGACUGUUGUAAGCAAGAAGAAGGUAAGAGGCAGUAAUGAUCUUUGCUUCUAUUUUAAACUUUCUGAAGACAGUUAUUGGCUGUAAUCAAAAAUGCUGCAACCUCCCAGUGGUUUGGCAUUCAAAGAUGCAGCUAUUUAAAAUCAUUUCUCCAUUAGGUUACGUGGUGCUUUGUUGUAGUGAUCUGAGACAUGUUGCAUUAUACUGAACUCAUUCUUCAAAAGUGUGAACUUCCACCUCUGGACGAAGCAUCUUAAUUUGCUUAUACUUGCUAUCAAAGGAGUUAGUGUCAGUGUUUCUGACACAUGUCAUCUAAAAGAUCUGAUUUCCUGAUGUACUCAGAUUACUGGAUAUUGUCAGUGCUCCUCCUAAACUUUUCUUUAUAUGGUUUCUGUGGCCUCAUGAAAGAUUGGGUUUCAAAUUUGUUGGUCCAAUUUGGAGAAAAAGGCCUGUGUAAUAUUCCUAUAUGAAACAACCUCAUAGUUGUGUUGAUGAGAGAGAUGUAGUGUAGAUCUGUAUUACUGGCACUACUGAAUAAGCUUCAUUAUGGAGUAGUUACUUACUUGAAAAAAUUGAAUUUACCACACAAAUGCUAAUAAAUGACAGCCUUUUAAAAGAAAAUGGAGUUAUUUUUCCUUUUAAAAGAAAGCAAAAAUGGCUCUGAUAUUAAGAAAUCUUAUCAGCAAAGUUGAUUUAAAAAUUAUAUUCUGAAUUAUGAAUGUGCAGUUAGUACAUAAAAGAAUUCCUGCACUUCAGCUUGCAGUGCUUUUUCAAGUUUAGCUUCCAUGGAAAUCACUGGAAGGUGAUCUCGAGUGAGAACUGUAGCAAGAUGCCUUAGUACUGUUUAGAGUUUUCCCUAAACUGGUCACAUGUAGGUUUGGUUUUUUUUCACUCCUCAUAAAGUAAGAACAAAUUUGCCCUCAUCUGUCACUGAAAGGGUAAUGUGGUUUAUGUAGACUUUAUAAUAGAAGCUUUGAUUAGUACCCUUUGUCAGAAAUCUAGAGGAGGUUGGGUUUUUUCCCACAGACUAUAUGCUUGGCUAGCAUGUUUUCUGUUUGCAUCACUAAACUGUGCAGCAGACAUGCUUUCUGCUUUGGUCGUCUUUGUGUUGUGUGCACUUGUCCAGUCAACAAUACUUCAUAUGUUCUACCUUGCUGGCUUUGUCCAAGUUAGUCAUCACCCUCUAAAAGACCAAGGUUCUUACCAGUGUAUCGUUUACAACUGGAAUUGUAGAAAUGUUCAUAUUGUAAAUUACAGUAAGGUGCAGGUUACAGUGCGGGUAAAUUGUAAUUUUUCACAAUGUGAUGUUUCUAUCAAAGUGGGAUUUUUUAUUAUUUAUCAGUAGAAAGGUUGGCAUUUGUGUGGACCAAUCUGCGGUGUCAUUUUAAAACUUGUCUUUCAGCUUAAAAUUUUCAUGAGUAUACAUCAAAUCAUACAUUUUGAUGUAUAUUUAUGUCAGUGACAUUUGGGUGAAACCUAUACAGUCAUUUUUGUAUUUUUUUCUAUGUUAUGAAAAAUGAAAUUGUAAUUUUAUAAGUCUGAUUCACUAAGAUUAUUAUAAGUUAAAUGUAUUUUUUGUAUAUUUAGGAACCUGGUAUUACCUGGAGCUCUGAAAGAUUAAGCAUAGACUUUUUAUGCAUGUUUGGACGACAUUUCUACUUGAUAAUGCAGUGAAAUGGUUUGUAUGCUAAAAUACAAGUCUAUGUUGUUGCCUUGUGAAAUUGA